AACGUACAUGCGCGUAUGAAGGAGAAACCCUGGCCCUUCCCAGCCAACAUUUCUUCGCAUAGGUCUUUUUCUAUAAGCUCAAAAUCUUUAGGAUCCCUGCUCUGCGAUUUUUUCACUUGCGUAACAUGAUCUCAGCCCUUCCUUGUUUCUGUGGUUUGAGGGCGCAGCAGCAGCGACACCGCCCACCCAGCUCCUGCUCCACCACUCCCCCAGCAAUCUGCGUAGACAGGCGGGCUGAGAGCUGAGAGCGGCGGCACGCACAAUAUUACAAGGCGCAGUGUGAUCACAAACAGCGUCGCCCUGGAAUGAGCUCUUUCGGGAAUCCCCUCCAUGCCCUCCUCUCCCGACUCGGAACGCAGAAAACGUGGGAAUAAAACAAGGGCUGCAUCACCAGUCGGACAUCAACUCUGUGGAGAUAAGAAAAAAACAAAACUUAAAACGGAGGAUUAACUACUUCAGCUCCGGCAUCGUCUUCACUCUCUGUCUGCAGACUCCUUGUCUGGACAACAGUUCCAUCACAUACCGCACAUAUCUGUCUAUCAACCGGGACGAGAACGCAUUGAAAGCAGUGACAGAGGCCGGUUGACUCGUGCAAACGCCCAGAGACAGCAGGAGCGCGGGGUGGGGUGAAGAGGAUGGAGGCCCUGCUUCCUGUGCUGAAGAGCCACCCAGGCCCCUCAGUACUGGUGUGCUCUCUGCUUUUCAGGGUGACCCACCGAUUGCUGCAAGAUCUGCCCGUUCCCAAGUUGGUGCAGCAAGAUGAGUUUCGCUCCUGGAAGUGGAGGAACCUCUCAGUGUCUCUGGUGCACUCCCUACUGACUGGGACUUGGGCCCUGACUUGUGUGGUGGUCUGGCCCGAGACGCUGAAAAACAUCCACUCGUAUCACACCCCUCUGUCCUACCUGCUCGUCUGCGUCUCCACAGGAUACUUUGUGCAAGAUGCAGGCGAUAUCAUCCUGACGGGACAUGCAAGAGGAUCAUGGGAAUUCUUACUCCACCACGUGCUGGUGGUCUGGUGUUUCCUGUACGCCCUCUACACUGAGCUGUACGUUGCCGGUGCUGUAAUUGCUCUCUUUGUGGAGGUCAACAGCGUCACCCUUCACCUGAGGCUGAUGCUGAAGCUGGCGGGCGCUCAGUCCUCGUCCAUGUACCACAUCAACAAGCUCGCCAACCUCUUCACCUACAUCGUGUUUCGUCUGAGCACCCAGUUCUACCUCACCUGGUACAUCGUCCACAACUACACCUGGCUGGACCGCGGUGGUUACUUCCUCGUCACCAUGAUUUUGAUGAAUAUCAUGAUCCUGAUUUAUUUCUACCGCCUGCUCCGUGCAGACUUCUUCCCCCGGAACAAGAGUUAUGUGGCACAGAAUGGGACACAUAACAACAACUCCAAAAGGUUUCUCAACGAUUAACUGGGGGAGAUUUCCGGGACUAUUUUAUGUUUUUAUUUCAGAUGGGAGUUUAGGCAUUUGUUUUUGUUUUGUUUUUUUUUCAGAUUGUAACUGACACCAUUACUUGACACAAUAGGGUCACUUGUGUCUCACUGCCAAUGAACAAAAUCCCCAAUUUAAUGUUUUUUUUUUUGUUUGUGGAUAAAAGUUUGGCCUUUUUUGGGUCCUGCUUGCACAAAUUUUGCGAAAUCAAAAAAUUUACUUUUUAAUUGGAAAAAAAUUCAACCCAGUUCUAUUUUAAUUGGAGCCAAAGCUUCACAAACCCUUGAGAUGUUACCACUUGGCAUAUUUAUGAUGGAUUUUUAGUAUUUUAACAUUAAAGGCACAAGUUGGCAUUUUUGGAGAUGCUUAGUGGCUUUCUUUGUCAAGAGACAGAUGAGAAGAUCAAUGCCGUGCUCAUGUCUAGCAAAUAUCAAGCUAAGCCAGCAACUGGUUAAUUUAGCUUAGCAUAAAUGUUGGAAACAUUGGCAAACAGUUAGGUAGCUCUGACCAGCAGAGAAAAAGAUCUUCCUGUAAAAUCUCAGCUUAUAUUUGACAGUGUGUUUUAUUCUGAUAAUUAAAUUAAAGGGUUUCCUCUGGUUUCACAGUAUUUGACAUAUUUAAACUAAAAAUAAGACCAACAUCAGCUAACUGCUACCCAGGCGAAACAGCUAGCUAACGCAGUCAGUAACUCAGUAAAUAGAAGUCAGAGCUAACUGUUUAAACAAACUUAAAUUAUUUUAAGUUUGAAAAGCUUAAUACAAGAUAUUAAACUGUGGGUUUCAGAAGAGCUUGUUGGUCACUUUUGACAGUGUUUCCUCUUGUUUCUAGUAUUUCUGCUAGCUAAAGUAGCCAGGACAGGUUAGCAUCAUAUUUAGCUUUCUUACAUAGGAGCGUUGAUGAUCUUUUCUUUUAACUCUCAAAAAACAAAGUUUACAUGAUGCUAAGCUUUAGUGUUACGUAAAACAAUACGGCGAUGUUUUGGGAAAUACAUUUUUUUGCUUCCUUAAUGAGAAUUAAAUUAUCUAAAUGAAAUUUAUAAGCUAAAUUUAAGACCUGCAGCAGUUGGUUUAGAUUAGCAUAAAUAAAGGUAACUGGAGGAAAGACCUAUCUUGCUUUUUGGUAAACUUUAGAUGAGAGGGGCUGAUAGGUGGAUUUACUUAAUAUUGGCUAAGAUCGGCUAUGCUAACUGUUUGCCCUUGUCUUGAUGCUAAGAUGAGCUAAGCCCCUUACUGUACAGUAGCUUAGCAUACAGAUACACUAGUAAAUAAUUCCAAACAAUGUCAAACUUUUUAUUUUGACCAUCAAAAAUUGUGGUAACAAGACCAUUUAUUAUGGGGAGACUGCAUUUGCAGCAGUUGUUAAUAUUCUUAGCUCACUAUACAUACGUUGCCAUAUGUUUUAACACUGACAUGGAGAGCAGUGUUUUGUGUUGUGUGUUUUUUCUUGUUGCCAAUUGGGAUUUUCAGAUCAUGCUUUCAGAUAUUAAUAAUAAUGUGUGUGCAUGUGUAGUGCAUCUCUUCUCCUAUCUCGAUGAAGCCACGUGGCCGGAGAGAUACUGGACAGGUACAUAAACACAAUGUGACAUGGACCAACUGAACUCACAGCACAGAAUGGUGCAGGAUUAUUUAUGGUCCUCCUGUGGUACAUAGUAAAUCUGUCUGUAUUUCAGUCUAGUGGAGCUGAAGCUGGUUCUUCCGGCCAUCUAACACCUGCUCAUCGGAGAAAGCAUUGACGAUGACCAGGCAGCAGCACAAUCACGAGUAGCAGUAGUUAAGUCGUGUGUAGCCUUAUUUGUUUGUUCGCAAAAUAUUAAUAACUUUACAGAAUCAGAUGAAGAUGUGUUCUCUCGUCCUUGUCUUUCCUCAACAAUGGAUAUAGUACUUUGUAUAUAAUGUCCUCAAGUGUGUUAGCUUUUUUAAAUAUAUAUAUAUAUUUUAAAAGACCCUGUCGUCAACCACAAGUGGACGUUAAAUGCUUUUUUCCAAAUCAUGCCAUAAAUUGUAAGUGCUGACAGUGUCAUUUAGAAACAUUUCAUUUUCUAUUUCAGAGAUGCCAAGACCAGACGUUGAUGGACUUUUAGAUGUGUCUGACCUGUGUUAUUGUGCCUUUACCACAGUGCCUUUUCAUAAACGAUAAGCAGAAGAGAAGAAGGUCUAAAUAAAUACUACAGAAUAAUGUGAAGUAGAGAGAUUACAGAGUAAAUUCAUUUGUCCAUGACCACAAUAAUGCAAAAUGUAUCUCAUACUUUUAGGAUCCCCAUAUUUUUGACUGUUAUGUGAUGAAUAAACAAAGUAUUUAAAAGCA